UCUUAAGAGUGUAAAGUGGGUAUGAAGCUUAUUUUUUUCUCCCGAAUUUUGAAAAUUUCAGUAGCUGCCUUGUUGUAGUUAUCAAAGCAGUGUGCCAGGGACCGGAAGUAACCUCUGCAACUUGAAGUCCCUGCAGAGAGCCCAAGACUCUCUUUGGCAUCCACUGACUCGAGAUUAGUGUCACGAGCCACGAGCCCAGCACUAUGCGUGCCGUUACCCCACAUGUAGAGUUCACCAUCCACUGUAACAGCACAAGUGUGGAACUCUCCACAAGCAACAUAACCUACCCUGACAGAAGAUAGAGAUUCUAGAAGCCGGAGCUGAGUAACUUCUGCGUUAAACGCAUCUCCACUCGAUUCAUGACCCCAUGUAAAUACUUGACCUUGCUUGGUCAAGAGCGCAGCAUGCCUGACCCCGCAGGCUAUAUGAUGCGCAUCCAAAACGACAUCACAUUGCAAUGGCACAGGAAGGAGUGCAUUAGCUUCCUCCGGCCCCAUCUUAACAUCCUCGUUAUGUACAGCCUUACCCCACGUAUACACAACCUCUAACGCAUUAUCUUCAGUAGGAGCACAUUUAGAUUGAAGAGUGUUUGAUGCUGAUCCUUUUACUUCAACAUUGGUUUGGACUGGAGUUACAGGAUUACAAUCACUCAAUCCAUCAAUUUUGAAGCGUUCGUCCUGCCCAGAUGAUAUCACCACCAUUAUAGCUAACUGCAAAUGCUCAUCUUGAAAAGAGCAAAUUGUUAUUGAAAAUUACUGACAUGACUAAUAAGCACAAACUUGAGGCUCGAAGUUCGUUCGAGAGCAUAAUUACAUCUUCGAGAGCAUAAUUACAUCUGUAGCUGGUGGUAAAGUCUGCAAUUGAUGAAAUAAAUGAGAAAAAUAGAGACUAUAGAACGGAGGGUCGGCCAAGGAACCAACCCUUUAGAAGUUUACAAAAAUUUUGUCGGCCAUAUGUCUUGAUUUCCAUACAGCACUAACCGAACUAGGGCUAGCGUGGCAUAUUUAGCCAACCGACCCUUUUAAAAUUUUCCAACAAGUCCAACCUUUCUAUUUAUAGUGUUGUUCCAAUUCAUGCCUUGUUUGCUGAGUUCGAUGUGGGAUUGGGAAAUUUCUUGGAUACUGCUGCCAAAGCUCAGCUGAGGCCUGAGGGGAAAAAGAGGAGGAAACGCAGCGUCAAAAGUGAAUAGCUUUUCUAAAUUUUUCCUUCAAAGUUGUCAUCUUUCUGAUUAGCGAAAUCCCAUCGUCAUCGUCUGCGUUGAAUUAGAGACUUUGCAACGCGCUUGUUCAACUUUUUCCACUCACCUAACUUCCACGAAAUUUAAAAUCCAAGGGAAAGAGACUAGCCAUUUCAUCAAACUCUCACACUGAUUUGGGCUCUUUCUAGCAUAAUCCCAUGCAAUAAUUUAGUUGAAAACUGAAGAGAGAUGAUGUCGUCGUCGCGAGAUAAUUGGGAGAGGCUGGUGGCGGCGGUGUUGAAGAGAGAUGAGAUACGCCAACUCUGCCACCAAAACUCCAUCUCCACCAUGUCAUCCGAUAGUCGGAGAACCUCUAGUUCCAGUGGAGAUCUUUCCAGAAUUCUGAGCAACAUAUUGAAGCGGAUACCCGUAUCACCACCGCGUCAACCGCCGCUUAUUAGCGCUUCUGGCCUCGAAGCUAGGAAAAAUGCUUCUGGACCUAUUACAAGGAAGCUCUUUUCUGCUUCGCUUUGGAGGAGGAAACCGAAGGACUACAAUCUGGGCCGAGGUUUGGUUGGCAUUCCUGAGGAUCAUUUUGGACUUGAGAGCUUUUCCCUACACGAGCUACUUGUUGCGACAGACAAUUUUAGCAACAACAAUUUCCUUGGACAUGGUGGACGUGGUAAAGUGUAUAAAGGUCGACUAGCAGAUGGCUCUCUAGUACAAGUUACAAGACUACGACAACAAAAAAUUGAGAUUACUUUGGAAAUUACAAGCAUUGCUGCACAUUGUAAUGUACUUCGUGCUCGUGGAUUUUGCUUUACGCAAAAAGAGAAACUGCUCGUUUAUCCUUGCAUGGUUAAUAAAAGUGUGGCGUUCUGGUUAAGAGAAAGACAUGAGCCACUGCCUCCCCUUGACUGGCCAACAAGGAAACAGAUAUCGCUUGGGGCUGCAAAGGGUCUAGCUUACUUGCAUUAUGAAUGCCCCAGGAAAAUCAUUCAUCGUAAUGUUAAAGCUGCAAAUAUAUUGUUGGAUGAGAACUUUGAAGCAGUUAUUGCUGACUUAACUUUCGGCAAAUUUGUCGAUUGCUACGAUAAUGAUAUUAACAUUCCAGGAGCAAUUGAGCAUGUAGCUCCUGAGUACUAUGCUACUCUUAAGUGUUCGGUGAAAAAUGAUGUUUUUGGUUAUGGAAUGUUUCUUCUUGAGCUCAUCACAGCACAGAGAGCUUCUGAACUUGCUUGUCUUGCCAAUGAUAAUGGCGUGAGGUUACUAGAUUGGGUAAAUCAAAUUUUCAAGGAGAGAGAAUGGAAAGUGAUUGUCGAUUCAGAACUUCAAGGUGAUUUCGUAGAUGAAGAAGCCGAGGAGUUGUUGCAAAUUGCUCUGAUCUGCACACAAACUGAUCCAGAACAACGUCCGAUGAUGUUGGAAGUUGUGAGGAUGUUAGAAGUUGCAUAUGAGUUGGCUGAGAUGGAGGCAGAGUGGGUCAUGGAUAAUUUCGAAGGAAAUACUUUGGAACGUCAUUAUGUCGAGGAUUUUGCUCUGGAUAAACUACAGGCAGCAACAGAGGAUUUUAGCGACAAAAUUAUCAGUGAAGAUAGUUUUAAUAUUAUCUAUAAAGGCUUAUUAGAUGGCUCUCCUGUCGCAGUUAAAAGAUACAAUUCUCAAAGCCUAGAAUAUUAUUUCGCAAAAGAAUUAGAGAUUGGCACAACUUGUUUCCAUCCAAAUCUAGUCCACGUGAUUGGAUUUUGCCGGACUCCAGAAGAACGACUGCUUGUUUUCCGGUUGAUGGUCAAUGGAAGUGUCGAAUCAUGGUUAAGGGGGAGACAUGAAUCACGGCCUCCUCUCACUUGGCAAGAAAGAAAAAAGAUAGCACUUGGUGCAGCAAGGGGUCUAGCUUAUUUACAUGAUAAAUGUGAAAAGAAAAUCAUUCAUUGCGAUGUCAAAGCUGCAAAUAUAUUGUUAGAUGAAAACUUUGAAGCAGUCGUUGCUGACUUGAAGUCAGCCAAGUUCAUGGACCACAGCAUGACUCAUAUUACCACAACCGUGACAGGAACAAUUGGUCAUAUGGCUCCCGAGUACCUCGCCAGUGGUAGGUGUUCGGAUAAAACUGAUGUUUUUGGUUAUGGAGCAUUUCUUCUUGAGCUCAUCACAGGGCACAGAACUGCCGAUCUUCUUGAUGUAGCCGAUGAGGAAGAUAGGCUGUGUGCUUAUUGGGUAAAAAAGAAUUACAAAGAGCGAAGAUGGAAAUCGUUGGUUGACAAAGAUAGUGGUGGAGGUGAUUUCAUGGACGAAGUGGUGGUGAAUCAGCUGGUGAAAAUAGCUGUUCUCUGCACACAAUAUGAUCCGGACAGACGUCCGAGGAUGUCGCGUGUUGUGAGUAUAUUAAAAUAUGGUUGUGGUGUGGCUGAGUGGUCCGAUGAGCUGUUUGAAAAAGAGGUCAGAGAAGAAGAGUAUGAUGGAGAGUCGGUUAUCAGCCGUUCUCCUCGGAUAUCAGAAAAACUAUCUGAGCCAAGAUGAUCAUGCAGUAUUUCAAGAAUUAGAGAUUGGCAGAACUUGUUUCCAUCCAAAUCUGUAGUGCAUGUGAUUGGAUUUUGCGAGACUUCAGAAGAACGACCGCUUGUUUUCCGGUUGAUGGUCAAUGGAAGUGUCGAAUCAUGGUUAAGGGGUAAGCUUGACCGAAUGUUAUUCAAUUGCUCUUCUACAUAUGUAUAGGUAUCAUGAUUUUACUGUGAUCUCUUGAGAUAUAUUGCAUCUUCUACUUGCUAUUUUGUACCAAAAAGCUCAUCAGCUUUUACCAGAUUUUGGAGUUAGACACGA